AUGUUUUUAUUUUCAGUAAUUUUUAAACUUUACUUUUUUAUUAUUGCUAUUAAUGCAAAUAGUAGCAUAAUUAAAAAAAGAUUUGAAGUAAAAACAAAUUCAAAAAGAUCAAUUCAAGAAAAAAAAUAUUUUGAAAAUAAUUUUUCAGAAAGAAAUAAUUUAGUUGAUAGUAUUAGAGAAAAAAGAAAAAUAAGAAUAAACCUAUAUAACUGGACUUUACCAAUAUCUUAUCAUGUUAAAUUUCCUUUAAAUUUUGGCCUUAUAUCUAGCGCUUUACGUAUACUUGAAAAAAAUACCUGUCUUAGAUUUCAAGGUCGAAAAUAUUUUAUUCCUAAUCAAUCAGGAAUUUGCUAUGCUUUUUCAUCGGAAUGCUCAAGUUUUGUAGGAAAAGAGCAUAAAAACAAUUGGCAAUUUAUAAAAAUUUCAAAACCAUGUUAUAAUAUUGGUGGUAUUUUACAUGAAACAUUGCAUGCAUUAGGAUUAUUUCACGAACAAUGUAGGCCUGACAGAAAUAGUUAUGUAGAAGUAAAUGAAAAUGAACUUGGCGAAAAUUAUAAAGGUAAUUGUGAUAAAGUUUAUAGUUAUGAACUUUUUGAUUAUAUCUUACCUUAUGAUUAUGGAUCAAUAAUGCAUUAUGGCGUAUUUAGUUUUAGUAAAAGUGGACAAAAAACAUUGAUUCCAAAAUUUCCAUUUUAUGAAAACACUAUAGGGCAUUUAGAAAGACUAUCUUUUAAUGACAUUAAAGUUUUAAAUUUACAUUAUUGUUCUGAUAAAUGCAUGAAUUAUAUAUAUUGCAAAAAUGAUGGAUAUCAAAAUCCUAAUAAUUGUAAUGUUUGCAAAUGUAUUGAAGGAUUUAGUGGUGUUCAUUGUGAAAAAUAUGCAAGACCAUUAAGAAAUUGUCAGCAAACAGAAAUUGCAGUUACAAAAAAUAGUAAAUAUUUAAGAAUAUAUGGAAAAAAAUAUUGUAUUUAUCAUUUAAAAUCAAGCCAAACUAAAAGAAUUUUAAUUAAAAUUUCUAAAAUUAGAAUGAAUUACCCAAUUUUUUAUACUUGUAAAUUUGCCAAUACAUUUGAAGUAAAAUAUUUUAUUGAUAAAUCUACAACAGGCGCAAGAUUUUGCGGUAACAUCAAUCGAAAAUAUAUUCUAUCACAUAAUAACUAUAUUAUUCUAUAUUAUAGAAGUUUAAAUCAUGAAAGUUUUGUUAAUAUUUAUUUUAAAGAAAUAAAUUAA